UUUUUGUGGUCCCUGAGGAAGCCGCCUCCGAAAGAAAAGGUUGAGUUUCCAGGAGAGUAUGAGAAUUCCGAAGAAGUAUUACCAGAAGGGUUCCUGGGACGAACUACUGGCAUGGGUAAAGUGAUCGGGUGGGCGCCUCAAAUGGCAGUGUUAUCUCACCCUACGGUGGGAGGAUUUGUGUCGCAUUGUGGGUGGAACUCCGUGUUGGAAAGUGUGUGGUGUGGGGUGCCGAUGGCCGUGUGGCCGUUGUCUGCAGAGCAGCAGGCCAAUGCGUUCUUGCUGGUGAAGGAGUUUGAAAUGGCAGUUGAGAUUAAAAUGGAUUAUAAGAAAAACGCUAACGUGAUUGUGGGCAGAGAGACGAUAGAGAAAGCAAUCAGGCAGCUAAUGGACCCAGAGAAUGAAAUUCGGGUUAAGGUGAGAGCAUUGAAAGAAAAGAGCAGAAUG